AUGUCUCUACAACCAGAAAGUUCUGCACAAGCAACGUCAAGUGAACCGGCGAAUCCAUCACGGCCAACGGCGCCAUCAACGGCCACAGGUCCAUCGGCUUCGACUGUGGUUCAUGAUGGGCAUGGCGCUGUACAACCGCCGGGCCAGCCUCCGUCACCGCAAAGUCGACCCGGGCAGGCCAGUGGAGGUCAGGCUCUCAACCCCACGCUGUUUGAACAAAUCGUCGCACGAGAUGAUGAGCACUACACUUCACUGAGAACACGCGUUACUCAAGCGUACGAAACGCACACCGUCCAGUACUGGUUUGUCGCGAGUUUGGCGAACGGACUGCUUUUCCUGCAGAUCUUGGUGGCGGCGUCGUUGACGGUGCUUGGGGCCUUCAAGGACCACCGGGCUCGAACGGCGUCCAUCUUCCUCGGGGCCACCAACACAGUGGUGGCAGGUUUGUUGACCUAUUUCAAAAGUCGCAACCAACCCAACCGAGCUCGGCAGUUUCGAGACGCGCUCCAAGAUUGCGUCCAGCAACUCGACGACGCCGAGGCCAAUUUCAGGAACCCAAACUGGACCGGGAAUGUUUUUGACGAGAUGGAGAAGGUCAGGAGCUCCUACAACCGGGCCAGAAAGGAUGCUCGCGCCAACUACCCCGACUUGUGGGUGAGGGCGGGCAGCCUGUAUGAUCCUAUGCAUGCCCCGCGUGGUGGUACCACAGAUUCCACGGGAAGCUCUGUCAAUGGACAACAGCCCGACCAGAGACCACAUGCGAAUACGAUGCAGCCGAACCAUGGUAGAUUGGGGAAUCACUCUCCCGUUGUCGGAUGACUUUUCCCACUACGACAGCACGACCAGCCCAAGUAACAAACAAACGAGGGAGCCCCCUAGGCAGUUCUCAUUGAAUACGAGCUUGUAGGGUCUUUUUCUCAAUACCCUUGCUCGUCCGUAUCACACACCACAUUUGGCCCCUCGCCAGGGGUUAAGCGCCUCUGAAUCACGAGUUAUUUCAGCCUUAGACUUGGUCAACCUCAUAGGUCUCGAAGCCUGCUAGUACGUUGGGGG